UACGUAGCAGUGGAGCUAGUCGCUGCCGGUGGUGGUAACUGGGAGGCAGCGGUGUGCGUUCUAUCCAGAAAAUUUGAUGUGGUCCGGGAGCACUGGUGGGUCGGCGAGCCUGGCCGAAGAGGGCGGCAGGGGCCGGGUGAACUGUGAGUUGCAGCACAGUCGGUCCGGUUCCAGAUACUCCAAAGUCAACAAGGAUGCUCAUGCUCAUCAAGCCAGCGGCAAGAGUUAGCUUCAUUUCCAGGCUAGGAAGCCAAAUGGAGUGUUGUGUGUAUAGACUUGUUCCUGGUUCCAAGGAACGGAGGUGGGGUGGGUGAUGGUGCCUUUGGGAGGAGGAGGAGAAGGCGUGUGUGUGUGUGUUUAUAUGUGUGUAUGUGCUCUUGUAUUCUUGCAGGAGGCGUGUAUCUUGUUUCGCAUGGUGCUGAUUGAGAGUGACAUUCGUUUAUCAUGGUUGCCACUGCUCUUCAUUGAGAAGCAGCCCUUGGUCUUUUCUUGGUGAAGAAGAUUAGAAGGCGUUACUUUGCUUCACCCCGCAAUGGCUGCCGUUGCUGUAGCAUGCUGGUAAUAGUGAGAGUUAUGAUGAGGAUGAUGGCGCCGAGGAGGAAGAUAUUAAGGCACCACCGCAUGUGACCUGUUCUUGGCUUGAAUGCGUGCCACUAGAUUGCUCCUGUCGGCUUGGCAGCUAUGCUAAUGAGCACUGAACCCUUCAUCGCGACGAUCUUGUAACGUUAACCCUCCAUGCUCCAACCCUUCAAGCCAGUACCACCUACCACCGACCCGUGCAUCUCAUCGGUUUGCGUUUUUGCAAAUACUGAUGAGUCCGUAGAGCAAUUUGUUACCCGAUGUCUCGCAGGUCGGAAAAUUGCUAUCUAGCUUGUUGGUCCCUGUCAGUACUGCUCAUGCACGUUUCGUCGUUCCAAACCCAUCUAGCUUCUGUCAGAGAAGUACUCUUCAUGUGCUGCCUUGAAGAAUAUAAUUCUUGACAGGUGUGCACGUUUCUAUGCAAAGACGAUGCCUGAGCGCAGCUACCAAAUUCAAUGUACAUUCUUCUGUUCCGUCAGCAACCUGAUUCAUGAGGGUAGUUUUCCGAUACAAAGGUUCCAAAGUUCCAUCUAAACAGAUGGUGCGGACUUUUUGCAGUCGCUUGAUGAAAGCGACCUGAUGGUUCCUUGAUCAUCAGAUUUUCAGUGCGGUGCUCUCUCUCUUCAUGUGUGUUGACUACUUUUGCGGGACGUAACUGCGUCUCCACUGGCCAGGCCAAGAAAUAGACUCGUAGAGCAAAUUAUCAGCUUACAGAAUAGUUGAACGAUCUAAGCAUAUUAUUCCUAGUUCAUCUUUGUCCCCUAUGUCUUUUCGUCUGGAGCUCCUUCAAGUACAAGAUUUGUUAAAAUCGAUGAUUCCACUCCGCCAUCCUCAGCGAUCGAAAUUCUCUUUUGCACCACUUCUGAAUCCCUGACAAAGCUCGGAAGUUUGACGUUCCCCUUGAUCCUUAUCUGCCCUGGUUAGAGUCUCCAAGGUUGCUGUUGGGGAUUAUCAGCUGCGUGCGGCAGAUUUUUUGACUGAGGAGCGCUGCAAAGUAUACACACACAUCAAUAUGAUGGGCGUCAGUCUUUUUGCCAUUUACGAAUCACGGCUAAUAUGAGGACCACUGGGAGCACGCAGGGCUGCCAAAAUACAAACGGGAUGCAGGGCCAAGUGGAAUACAGCAGUGGCAGCGACGGAGUACAUCCCGGGCGGAAGUGGGGCGGGGAUAAUUUCAGAAAGCGCAACUCAUCUUCCAGUGGGGAGUACACUCCGGAACGCUCUUCCGAAAGUCAGAACGCCUCCGGGGGCAGCCCCCGCACUGGAUAUCAAGGUGGGUUCAGCGGCGGCAGCGGAAAGACCGGAGGAACUGUUAGACAAUACGUGCGUUCGAAAAUGCCUCGAUUGCGCUGGACUCCGGACCUACAUCAAUGCUUUGUAGUAGCUGUGGAACGGCUUGGAGGCCAGGACAGAGCGACACCGAAACUUGUCCUCCAACUGAUGGAUGUCAAAGGCCUCACUAUCGCUCAUGUCAAAAGCCAUCUGCAGAUGUACCGGAGCAUGAAGAACGACGAAAAUGGACAGAAUGGAUUGGAGCAAACGGAUCAGAUGAUAGAAGAUCAUGGCACUUCCGACACAACAUUAGUUCACACGUCCUUGGGGCCUCAGCGGAGGGACCAGUUCCAAGGGCAUGCUUCACACGUCAGAGAUUCCGAUGUCACCAGCAAACCUAUCUUUCCGAAUUUCGUUCAUCGUCACUCUGGAAUUCUCCAGCUCUUGGACCAUCGUUCUGCCGUAUCAAGACAUGAUGGACAUGGAGAGUGGAGCAACCUGGCUUUCUCACAAUAUGGACCUCCCACUGGACACCGAGAUUGGCCUGACGAUGAGUUUCAAAUGAGAUGGAGGAAGAGGGAGCAGAACCUGGCAAGGGGUACUCAUGUGACAGGAAAUACUUACAGUGACCAAUCGGGAAUUGACUUGCAUGAAGAUCGAUGGUCAUCAAAGCCGUCUUAUUCGGUUCCUUCAGACUGGGAAAAAAAAUUCCAAAAGUCUCAUAAUAUCGGACUAGGAUUUUCUGCAUAUCAGGAAAGACCUUGGUUGCAAUCGGGAGGGGUCGCCCCUACAAUGGCCGCUUCUCAGCAAUCAAACUCCUUGAAAAGACAGGAAUCGACUGCAAGCGAGUGGGACAGAUGGCAAGGUCAAGGAGGUAGACAAGAUGAUUGGUCAAGGCAAUCCAAGCAUAAUGUAUCCGACGAACCUACUUCGACACUGGGAGAUUCUCGCAUACACUUAAAGCAGCUUCUAGAUCAUAGCUGCAGCUCCUCAAAUGUCGAAGAAAAGCAGCAAUGCGCAAGGGAGGAUGAGGUCACUCUCCAGACUACGAAGUGGCCUGCUGUGUUUGAAAUUAGAGACCAGAGCACUCCCGACGGAUAUGCAGACAGCUGUCGACAUGCAUUUGCAGAAGAUCAUGCAGGCAUAUCAAGUCCAUGGUCGAUCAUGCAGCGCUCAGAGCCGGGGACAGCAUCAACCCUAUCAAACAACAGGGAGCUUGAUGGUACCCUAUCCCUAUAUCCCUACAGCUCCCGCACAGCGCAGAGCUCCUCACCGGUAUUAAAGUCUCAACAGUCGAUGAGUUUUCCUCAUAUCGGCGAUGAUCAUCACGAAUAUCACAGCUCGCUUGGCCCGAGUAAGACUGUGCAACUGUCGUCAUCGCAGGGUAUCACUUUGGAUCUCACUAUGUCUACAGGUGCUCCAUGUUAGCUUUUAAGCUUCUCCCUGAUUCAGUGAAGCAAACCUCUCAAGCUGUACUGAACUAUCAACUACUCUUUUUGUUCGUCAGUUCCAUGUAGGGGAACUCUCAAGUAUCGUCAACAGCUUUUAUAGGUAUAUGACAUCUAUGCACCUAGUAGAUGGCUGUUGGUGAGUUAAAGCUUAUAUCACUACAACUUAACGCAUAAGUAGCGGGAAACGAACAGAUUCCUCACCAGCAGCCAUCACAGAUGGUCGUAGCAGGGGUAUGUUAUUGUUUGUGGGCACAGAUCCUAAACAGGGUCAUCAAAUUAGGAAGAUUGUAGACAAUUUUAGAUAAAUAGCAUGACUUACCUCUUUCUCAAUGUCCACUUUCUCGUUAGCUGCAUUCCUAAUUUGAGAAUAUUGGAUAGCAUUUCGUUUCGACUUCGACGUAUUUGAGAUGACCGCAAAGCACUUAACUCGAAAUAGCAUGCUCCACGUUUUACAGUAUGUCAAUGGAGUUCAUAAUCUCUCGAGCCUCAUGGAUGAAUAUAGGAGCUCAAACUUUGCGUGCGAAA